CUCCCCGCUCCGUUUUGCUUUUGGUUUGUUUUGUGUUGUUGUUGUUUGGUUUUUUUCUUCCUUCUUCUUCUUCCUUAAGAAUCCUAUGGCAGACAGGAAGGCCUUGGAGAAAUUCCCACCUCUGCCCUUCCAGACGAUUUCAGCAAACCUAUUCAUAAGAAAGGCGCUGCUGUUUGCUAAUUAAUUCCCGGCUUCUCAGCCAGGGUAGAGGAGUUUACUUUUAAUAAGACUUAUUUAUCAUGCCGAGGGAACCGAAUGAGAAUAACUCCCAGCAAGGACAUCACUCUCGCCGCAGACAAUAAUACAUCUCGGCGGAAGAUGCAAUACAGAUCUGGGAAUGCAUAAAGGAUUUAAUCAGUGCAAAAAAAGCCAAACAGUCCCUUCGUGGGCACUUUGUCUGCGGCCGUGUUAAAAGUAGAUGGGGCUUUCGUCUGUCGUGAGAGAGGAGCUCAGCAGCCGGGGAAGGGAAGGGAGGAAAAAGCUCUUAUUUAUUACCGAGCUGCGGCUGCUGUCAAACCCCAACGCUCGGAUCCAUCGCAUGAGACUUUUUAUCUCCACCGAGUUUAUUUUGUUUUAUUUUAGAGGAACGGAGAGCCCAGACGCAAUUAAAUAUACGGUAGAUACAAUUAAAUAUACAAUGGAUAUUUCUUUCUUUUCUUUCUUUUUUUUUAAGUACAGUGGCUCCUUGCCAACUCCGAGCUGCAGAGAGGAGCCUCUGCCUUUUCUAAAGAUGUUUGCUGCCUGAUUCAUCCUUAUCCAUCAGAUUAUUUUCUGCUCAAGAUGGUUUUCAUAUUUCGUAAUGGUAUUUGUCCUCUGUCGUCUUGGUGGAGAAAGUUUAUGCUUUGGCAGAAGAGAAAGAAGGGGAGAAAAGCAUCGGAGAGAGGGAGAAAUUCAUAAACAGGAGGGAAAAAAGGUGGGGGAGGAGGAAGGACAUGAAGAGAGAAAGAGAAGAAAAAGGUUUCAUUUUGUGAUCCGAGGAUUUAUAGUGGGUUUUUAGACUUUCGGAGCUUGGACUGAGGGAGGGAGGAAUGCUAAAAUACCAAAGGGUUACAAAGUUAGGAGCAAAUGGUCCGGAGAUGUGUUUGUUUUCUGAGGGAAAAAAAAACCACACCAGCAAUCAAAGUGGUUUUGGAAUUACAUCUCGGCAGUGGCAGUUCCAGAUUCAAUACUGAUGAGGGUGAAGCAGUGCAGUGAAGGGCAGUGUUUUCUAAAUACAACCUGUGCUGCCAGAGAGAGAGAGAGAGGGGCUGACAAACAGGCCAAAGGAAGCACAUUCUUGAAUUCGUGCCCUUGCUUCAAUCUGCUUAAAAUAUUUGCUCUGAAUUCCAAAGACAUUGUGAGUCUCUGAGUAAACAGCAAAUUGAGCCAAGUGUGUCAGGACAGGGCUACCUGGAUAGGGCAUAUCAAGGCUUUGCUGUUUUCCAAUUAAAAACAAACAGAGCAGAGAAUGGCCCUACCCUAAACUUAGUGCACUUUUCUGACUCUGUAACAUCCUGCUGGUUUUAUGCCUGAUUUGAAUAGGUCGGGGAUAGGAAGGCCAGAGUCUCAUUCCUCUCGUGCUCGUAGUUAGCAGUUAUCCAUUCUGUAGGCUUGUAUUUAUGUUAGUGUGUGUGUUAGCUGCAUGUGGAUCUGCAUAUAUAUCCAUACACCCGUAUCAGUAGAUGUAUGUGUGAAUGCAUGUGUGCAGAUACUUACACACAGAGAGAAAUAUGGACCUAAAUAGAAGUAUUUAGAUGUAGCCACGUGUACUUGUGUGUAUGUAGUUCUCCAACCUUGCUGCUAUGCUCUAAGGGAAAGAAAGGGGCAAACAAACAACAGCCAGGAAAAACGACCCCCCAAAAUCAGCUCAGCACUCUUGCACUGCAACAUUUGAUGAGCCUUCUGAGGCUGCACACAGGACAAAAUCUGCUCAAAGCAUCUGUUCACCCUGUUCUGCAGGACCCUAUUCAUGUCAUGUGCCUUUCAGGCCCCAAGAUGGAUUCAUAGGCUGGGUACUAUUAUUGUGUGUUUUCUCCUAACCUUUCAGGUCAGCUUCCAAUAGACAGCUGGAAACGGCCUGUCACGUGGCCUUGGGGUGCCAAUGUUCUGCCAUAGGGGUGUCAAGACCCUGGUAGCUGGAAAAAUCAUUUUGGGGAAUCCCGGAGAUGCAGAAGACAACGUACUACGAAAGCUCCACUCUCUUUGGGGGCUAUUCCUAUGGGAGCACCAACGGGUUUGGCUACGAGGGCCCCCAGCAGCCCUUCCAAUCGGGUUCCCACGUGGAGAACGACUUCCAGAGGUCCGCCUGCUCCCUCCAGUCCCUCGGCAACACGACUCAGCAUGCAAAAAGUAAAGACCUGAAUGGGAGCUGUAUGAGGCCGAGUUUGCCCCAGGAACACCAUCCGCCUCCGACUGUUUCACCACCCCCAAACCCCACCACCAACAGCACCAGUAGCAACAGCAAUAAUCAGUCAGGGAGCAGCAAAAGUGCCCCGAGUAAAGCCAACCUCAGUGCAAACUCCAGUCUCACCAAGCAGAUUUUCCCCUGGAUGAAAGAAUCGAGGCAAAACUCAAAACAGAAAAGCAGCUCCCCUAGCACAGCAGAAACCUGCAGCGGCGAGAAAAGCCCUCCAGGCUCCUCGGCCUCCAAGAGAGCCCGCACAGCUUACACCAGUGCUCAGCUGGUGGAGCUGGAGAAGGAAUUCCACUUCAAUCGCUACCUUUGCCGGCCCCGACGCGUGGAGAUGGCCAACCUGCUGAACCUCAGUGAGAGGCAGAUCAAAAUCUGGUUCCAGAACAGGAGGAUGAAGUAUAAGAAAGAUCAGAAGUCAAAAGGGAUGGGCUCUUCCUCCGGAGGACCUUCCCCCACCGGCAGCCCUCCCCAACCCAUGCAAUCCUCCGCUGGGUUUAUGAACGCCUUGCACACCAUGAGCAGUAACUAUGAUGCCCCUUCCCCACCUUCCUUCAAUAAGCCCCACCAAAAUGCCUACGCCAUGUCAACUAACUACCAAAACCCCAUCAAAGGCUGCCCCUCCCAACAGAAGUACACCAACACGGCCCCCGAGUACGACCCCCACGUGUUACAAGGGAAUGGGGUGACCUACGGGACUCCCAGCAUGCAGGGAAGUCCCGUCUACGUUGGAGGUAACUACGUGGACUCUCUGCCCACCUCUGGCCCAUCCCUUUACGGCCUCAAUCACCUCCCCCAUCACCAGGCGGCCAACAUGGACUACAACGGGCCCCCGCAGAUGCCUCCAAGCCAACACCACGGACCAUGCGAGCCCCAUCCCACCUACACAGACCUUUCCUCGCACCACGCAUCUUCUCAGGGCAGAAUCCAGGAGGCCCCCAAGCUGACCCACCUGUGAUUGGGAGCAGGGAUGGGCUCGAGUGAACUGGAUGGCAACCAACACAUGAGUUGGAGGGGGCACGGGGCAGGACGGCCUUCAGAAACAUUUGUGUUGAGCUGUUUUCUUCCUUUCUUCACUUGGCCAAGUUCAACCAAGCUGUUGAGUUUGCCAGCGUUAUUUCUGGGUUCUGUUUGGCACAAUUUCCAAGGGUUUCAGUAUUUAAUGGCUAAAGCAUUUCUCUCUCUGGAAAGAUAUACUUCCUGUGUGUCAACACAAAUGUUUCUGAAGUGGCUUUGGGGGAGUUUUAUGGGAACCUAGCAGAUUUUUAGCAGCAACGCCCUUGAUUUCCAAACCCAGGGCAGAUUAUCACUGAUAAUUCUUGGUCGAUGGAAAGCAGAUGGCCAACCAAAACCUUUACAGUUGGUGCCUCUGCAUCCACACCUGGCUACGCAGGUUAGCACAAGGGAUGCACAAGAAAACUGCCCUCCACUUCAAUCCUCAAGAGCUUUGUGCUUUCCUUCCCAACCUCCAGAGGCAGGGCAUCCUUCUUCGCUGAGUUACUUCCCACCAAUCCCCACACAAAAGGCAAAUAUACACACCUGCCAACGCGUGGGAUCCACGCUCUUCCCCUCCCAUCCACGCCUCCCCUCUCAAAAAUAAUAAUUAAAAAUAGAAAAGAAAAAGAGAGAGGUGUAAGAAUUGCAAAAAGAUUUAGGAAGAGUUUCUAAAUUGCUUAAAACCCCACUGACAGGAAUGGCAGCCCAAAGAGAGGAAGAAAAUGUUGACAGGUCUGAAUAUUUUUCCACCUUUGCCACCGAUGAAGUGAAGUUUCCAUUUGAUGAUACCAGGGUUUUUGUUUUUUUGUUUUUUGUUUUUUGUUUUUCCUUAGGGUUUAUUAAUAGAAAAGCAAUCUUAAAACUUAGAAGUCCUAUGCUUCUUUCCUCCUCUUCUCUUGACCUUACGUGAAAACAGGGUAUAUUUGAACAAAUGGAAUGUCCUCCAAUGGAAGCAGAAGUGAAUGGAUAUCUAGGAUUUGCUAAUGCUUUAUUGUCUGGACAUCUUUGUUGCACUUAGAGUUUACAUAUAAUGGGUAUAAAAACAACUUUGAAGGGCGUUCAUUGAUCUCAGUCGAGACGUCCUUCAAUAGGUGUGUGUUCUGGUGAACAUUCAUAUAUAUUUAUUGGUUAUAGCCAGUUUAAAAUAUUUUCCUUUUUGUAUUAUUUAUCCCCAAUAUUAUGUAUUUAUAUGAGGGAAAAAAAAAAAGAAUCAAAUUGUACUUUUUUAGUAUUUACUUGUUAUAAAGGACAUUGUGUUUCCUUGUCAUUGUACAACAAGCUUAUUUUAGUUACUGUAAUUUAGAAAGAUGAGUAGUUUUAUGUUACCUUCGUACUUAUGAAUAAUGUAAUUAGUUCUACUGGAGGCAUGAGAGCAGAACCAGACUGUAAUUGUAUAGUCCUGAAUUAGAAGAACUAUAGCUAAUCCCUCCCUCCCACCUUGCCCCUCCUCUUUGGAGAUCUUUCUUUGUUCUUAUAGUAGUUAUUUUAUUUCCUUGCUUAAGGGUUGUCUGUUGAACAAUUCUUGAAUAAACUUUCUGUUAUCAAUUUCAUCUCGUCCUAGCAGUUGGAUUUAAAAGCA